GCAAAGGCCACUUCCUUUACCGGUUGAGCAACACGUUCAGCAGCCGGCAGAAGCAGGCAUGGAGAACGAUAUUCUCGACUCUCUCGAAGAUGUAGGGUACUCGGGCUCGCUGCUGGAACCGUCUGCUCUGUCUGAAGCUGUCGCUCAGGGUCCCGCCUCCAUCGAGUUUACUCAGCUGGUGUCAUGGCUGACAGACAGGCUGAAGAGCUUUUGUGGUUUGGAAGAAAGCAUUAAUGCAACACACUCUCCUGAGGAUGCUGCCAAUUUUGUCAUGGAACUCAGUGGCUUUCUGAGGGAAUUAAAUUGUCCAUACAAACACUUAUACGAAGGAGGGCCAGUCACAGAGAGACUGAACAGCAAGGGGAGUGUCCUUCAACUACUAGAUUAUUUGACAUCAGAGCUACAGACGGCUCACAUCUUGGCUGUGAAGAAACCUCAGGAGUUAAGAACUGUCACAGCAGAGACUGAACCUGUGUCUAAUGAGACUGAUAUUGCCAAACAUCUCAAGAUCAUGCUGAUAGCAUUGGGAUUCCCCAAACCGCCAGCAAACAUCACUUCCUUCCAGCUCUUUAGCAAAGUUGAAACAAAGGUGAAGGAGGCCAUGACUAAGAACCCUGCUGUGAUAAGUAAGCCCCUACUGAAGGCUCGCCUGUCUGACAAACAGUGGCAACAGAUCAUGAAAAUCAACGACAGUCUGGUCAGGGAAUACACCACCAGGCGGGAGAUGAUCCUCAAGCGUCUAGACGUCACUAUCCAGUCAUUUAUGUGGUCAGCAGCUGCUAAGAAAAAAGAAAAUGAAAUUGCAGCUGUGUACCAACCAAUAAGAAAACUCCUAAAAGCUUCCUGUGAUAUCUCUGUGGCUGAAAUUUUAGCUGCCAGAGAAGAUUUAACUUACUUGCGAAAGACGAGUAGUGGUGAGGCAAGAAUGAAAUGUGCAAUAAAUAAAGUGAAAAUUCCAAAGGUGCCAGACAGAGGUGGGAGAGUCUGGGAGCAGGAACCACCCCCUCCAGAAAUGCCAUCCUUCCAGAAACGUGUCGAUCAACCUCAGGGACAAAGACCACAGUCUGGCAGAGGUGGUCGUGGUGGACGGGGUCGUGACCGAGGGGGGAAGGUGCAGGGAGGCUGGGGAGACCAGCAACAAGGAGGACACGGAGGAAACUGGAACCAGGGCGGGGGAGGAUAUGGAGGAGGAGGGGGCAGGGGGAGGGAUCACUACCAACAGGAUGGAGGCUACCAGGGCGGGGGAGGAGGAAGGGGGAGGGAUAACUACCAACAAGAUGGAAAUUAUCAAGGAGGCUACCAGGGAGGCUACCAAGACAGUGGGUACCAUGGUGGUGGUGGAGGUCGAGGAAGAGGAGGUAGGCCAGGAAGUGGGCGUGGCAGAGGGCGGGGCCAUUAUUAAAGACAUGCUUAGUACCUCACUGGAUCGUUAUUUAUGCUAUGUAUAACUUUGCAAUUGGUGCCAAUCUUGUGACUGCAUUCUCAAAUUUAACACAAGAAAAAAAUGUCCCAUGUGUUAUUAUAUUUGUUUUGUUAUAAUAAACUAGGACUAGUUGA